AUGGUAUUUCUCUCUCGUAGCAUCCGUUCUGUUGCUUCCUCGGCUUGGGGACUUCAAACCUCCUCCAAGGCAUCGUCACUCGCAAGGCCUGCCUUCAGCCGAGCCGCUGGCACACCUUCGGCUCUCGCUCGCAAGCUGCCUGGUCAGCUCAAUUCAAUCCGUACACUAACAACUACUCGCCAAAACCAGGUCAAGGUUCUUGCAGUCCUUUACGACGGCGGUCAGCACGCCAAAGACGUUCCUGGCCUUUUGGGCACCACCGAGAACGAGCUCGGCAUCCGAAAGUGGCUCGAGGACCAGGGCCACACUCUGGUUACCACUUCUGACAAGGAUGGCGAGAACUCAAAGUUCGACCAGGAACUUGUCGAUGCCGAAAUCAUCAUCACAACCCCCUUCCACCCCGGUUACCUCACUGCCGAGCGUCUUGCUAAGGCCAAGAACCUGAAGCUUGCCGUCACUGCUGGCAUCGGCUCCGACCAUGUCGACCUGAACGCUGCCAACAAGACCAAUGGCGGCGUCACAGUCGCCGAAGUCACCGGCUCCAAUGUUGUCUCCGUUGCCGAGCACGUCGUCAUGACCAUUCUCGUCCUCAUCCGCAACUUCGUCCCCGCUCACGAGCAGGUCGAGCGCGGUGACUGGAACGUCGCCGCCGUUGCCAAGCAGGAGUACGACCUCGAGGGCAAGACUGUUGGCACUGUCGCCAUUGGCCGUAUCGGAGAGCGUGUCCUGCGCCGCCUCAAGGCCUUUGACUGCAAGGAGCUUCUCUACUACGACUACCAGCCCUUGUCUCCCGAGAAGGAGAAGGAGAUUGGCUGCCGCCGUGUAGAGAACUUGGAGGAGAUGCUCGCCCAGUGCGACGUCGUCACCAUCAACGCUCCUCUGCACGAGAAGACGCGCGGUCUCUUCAACAAGGACCUCAUCUCCAAGAUGAAGAAGGGUUCCUACCUCAUCAACACCGCCCGCGGUGCCAUCAUCGUCAAGGAGGAUGUCGCGGAGGCCCUCAAGUCUGGCCACCUCGCCGGCUACGGCGGUGACGUCUGGUUCCCCCAGCCCGCCCCUGCCGACCAUCCUCUGCGCACCGCCAAGAACCCCUUCGGCGGCGGCAACGCCAUGGUCCCCCACAUGUCUGGUACCUCUCUCGAUGCCCAGAAGCGUUACGCAGACGGUACCAAGGCCAUCAUUGACAGCUACUUGAGCGGCCGCGAAGACUACAAGCCCGAAGAUCUCAUCGUCCACAAGGGAGAUUACGCCACCAAGGCGUACGGCCAACGUGAGAAGAAAUAA